AUGACGGGUAAGACGGCGGUGCAUGUUCAUUCGCCUUUUUUAGAUGCUUUUUAUACAGAUGAGGGACUUGAGGACUUUCAGGAUGAUGAAACGGAAGAGUUACAAAUGAGAGAAGAUGAUCCGGAGAAUGACGAUGAUGAAAUUACUCCAGACCUCUGGCAGGAGGCCUGCUGGAUAGUUAUUAGCAGCUACUUCGACGAAAAGGGAUUAGUCAGACAGCAGUUGGAUUCUUUCGACGAAUUUAUCCAGACUUCGGUCCAAAAGAUCGUCGAAGAUUCGCCAGUGAUCGAACUGCAGGCUGAGGCUCAACAUUUGUCAGGGGUCAUCGAAACGCCGGUGCAAUAUGCUCUGCGCUUUGAGCAAAUCUACCUUAGCAAGGCAACACACUGGGAGAAGGAUGGUUCUUCGAACCCAAUGACACCUAAUGAUGCGCGCCUCAGAAACCUUACUUACGCCGCGCCCCUCUACGUGGACGUUGUAAAGAAAGUCAUCCGCGACGGUUAUGAGGAAGAAAAGAAAUAUGAAAAGAAGUUUAUCGGAAAGAUCCCAAUUAUGCUUAGGUCGAGCUAUUGUAUACUAGCCGUAAUGAGUGACCGCGAUCUUGCGGAGCUCAACGAAUGCCCUCUCGACCCUGGUGGAUAUUUUAUUAUAAACGGUUCUGAGAAAGUGUUAAUAGCUCAGGAGAAAAUGGCCACAAAUACAGAGAUUCCAGUCCUGAUAGUAUUUCGUGCUCUGGGAUUUGUUGCCGACCGCGAUAUUUUGGAGCAUAUUAUUUACGACUUUGAAGAUACUGAAAUGCGUGAAAUGAUUAAACCUUCUCUUGACGAGGCCUUCGUUAUUCAAGAGCAGAAAGUGGCUCUUAACUUCAUUGGAGCCCGUGGUGCUAGACCUGGCGUCACAAAAGAGAAGCGUAUAAAAUAUGCCAAGGAAAUACUGCAGAAGGAGACACUACCUCAUGUCGGCAUUUCAGAUUAUUGCGACCAUAGGAAGGCCUUCUUCUUGGGCUAUAUGGUCCAUCGGUUACUUCUAACUGCUCUAAAGAGGCGAGAUGUAGAUGACAGAGAUCACUACGGAAACAAGCGUCUUGAUUUGGCCGGUCCUCUUCUUGCAUUCCUCUUCCGUGGUCUAUUCCGAAAUCUUGCCAAAGAAAUUCGUCUCUACGCGCAAAAAUAUAUUAACGAAGGCAAAGAUUUUAACGUGGAGCUUGCUAUACGCAGCCAAAUAAUAACAGAUGGUCUCAAAUAUUCCCUUGCGACCGGAAAUUGGGGAGAUCAGAAAAAGGCUAAUCAGGCUCGACCUGGAGUCUCACAGGUCUUGAAUAGACUCACAUUCGCUUCUACUCUGUCACAUUUGCGUCGACUUAAUUCUCCCAUUGGGAGGGAUGGAAAACUGGCCAGGCCCCGUCAGCUUCACAACACUUUAUGGGGUAUGAUAUGCCCUGCCGAGACUCCAGAAGGUGCCGCCGUUGGCUUAGUCAAGAACUUGGCUCUCAUGGCCUAUAUCUCUGUCGGCAGUCAGCCUUCUCCUAUCCUCGAGUUUCUCGAGGAAUGGAGUAUGGAGAACCUGGAAGAAAUCGCACCCUCAGCUAUCGGAAAAACAUGCAAAAUCUUUGUGAACGGUUGUUGGGUAGGAAUCCACAGUACACCCGAUCACUUGAUGGUAACACUUCGAAAAUUGCGUCGUCAAGUCGAUGUGAUUGUCAGCGAAGUCAGCAUGGUUCGUGAUUAUCGUGAUCAGGAGAUCCGUAUUUACACAGAUGCUGGUCGUAUCUGCCGGCCGCUUGUGAUUGUCGAAAAAGGAAAGUUGAUGUUAAAACGGAGCCACAUCGAGUUACUCAAAGAAAAGGCAUACAAUCGAUACAGCUGGCAAGAUCUGGUUCUAAGCGGUGUCGUUGAAUACAUUGAUACCCUCGAGGAGGAAACCGUGAUGAUUGCAAUGGGACCGGCAGAAAUGCAAGCUGCUGUAAAUUACUGCAAGACACAUACGCAUUGCGAAAUUCAUCCCAGCAUGAUUCUGGGCAUAUGUGCUAGUAUCAUCCCUUUCUGUGAUCAUAACCAGUCUCCGCGUAACACCUACCAAAGUGCUAUGGGAAAGCAGGCCAUGGGUGUGUAUAUCAGCAAUUUCCACACGCGCAUGGACACUCUCGCCAAUGUCCUAUACUACCCUCAGAAACCACUCGUGACCACCCGUUCGAUGGAAUAUCUGCGUUUCCGUGAACUGCCGGCCGGCAUCAAUGCCAUCGUCGCGAUUGCGACUUACACUGGCUACAACCAAGAGGACUCUUUGGUAAUGAACGAGAGUGCUAUUCAACGCGGUUUCUUCCGCUCAGAAUUCUACCGAACUUACAAAGAUCAGGAAGCCCGCCAUGGAAUGGAUCAGGAGGAAAUUUUUGAAAAGCCCAACCCUCAAACCUGUCAAGGAAUGCGUCACGCCAUUUACGAUAAGUUAGACGACGAUGGGCUUAUCGCGCCUGGCACGCGUGUCUCCGGGGACGACGUCCUUAUAGGAAAAACGAUCACAUUACCAGAAAAUGAAGACGAGAUCGAUGUCGGCCAGCGUCGGUACACGAAGCGGGAUGCUAGUGUGUUCAUGCGCCGCAGUGAAUACGGAAUCGUUGAUCAGGUCAUGGUCACGUGGAACAAUGAGGGAAAUAAAUUCUGCAAAGUCCGCGUCCGAACCACAAAAACACCCCAAGUCGGCGAUAAAUUUGCCAGUCGUCACGGUCAGAAAGGAACUUGUGGCAUUCUUUAUCGACAGGAGGACAUGCCGUUCACUUGCGAAGGCAUCACACCUGAUAUCAUUAUCAAUCCCCACGCUAUCCCCAGUCGAAUGACCAUCGGUCACUUGAUUGAGUGUCUGCAGGGCAAGGUGAGUGCCAAUAAGGGCGAAAUUGGUGACGCCACACCCUUCAAUGACGCUGUCAACGUGCGCAAGAUCUCCCUCCUGCUGCAGGAGUACGGCUACCAGCACACGGGCAACGAGAUUAUGUACAACGGUUUCACAGGGCGCAAGCUAAACUCGCAAAUCUUCCUCGGCCCAACCUACUAUCAACGCCUGAAGCACAUGGUGGACGACAAGAUUCACAGCAGAGCUCGUGGUCCGGUGCAAAUCCUCAACCGUCAACCCAUGGAGGGUCGUAGUCGUGAUGGUGGCCUUCGGUUCGGUGAGAUGGAACGUGACUGCCAAAUCGCGCACGGUGCAGCG